AUGGCAUCCAGGGAUCUAAAAAUUGGCAUUCUUGUCAAAGUCGAUGAGUAUGACAGUAUGGAAAAUGAUGAGCAAUGUUGUGAAGAAAAAGUCGAAAGGUACCGCCGUGUAGCCCCUGGCUUGCCAUGGAUCGGUUCCGGGCCAUCUCAAACGAAUCUUUCAUAUUAUUGCGAGCAAUCUACAAUUGACAUCAUUCCAUUAGCUUUUAUGAAUGUAUUCCCUGCACAAGGUGAUGGUUAUCCAGCGGAGAACUUUGGUAAUGCUUGCUAUGGUCAGCCAAUCUUUACACCAGGCCCAGGCUACCCAUUAGGGGAUGUCGAUACGUCGAAAGAUCAACUUUACGUACAGUGUCCGGGCAUUCAAGAGGGAAUUCCAUACUGUCAAUCGUUAGGAAAAAAGAUAUUACUUUCUCUUGGAGGAGCUUCGAACACCUAUCAACUCACAGGCGUUGCCGAUGGGGAAUACUUUGCCGAUUUCUUGUGGGGAAGCUAUGGGCCUUUCAAGCAAUCGUGGUUGGAUAAUGGUGGAAUUAGACCAAUGGAUGGGGGUUAUUACGGCACAGAUCCCAAUAUUCACAUCGAUAUUGAUGGGUUUGAUUUCGAUAUAGAGAUCGCCCCUACUGAUUCAUCCGAAGGUUACAUUGCAAUGAUUAACAGACUCCGGGAGCAUUUCGCUGAAAACCCUUCAAAGAAAUAUUUCAUUUCAGGAGCUCCACAAUGUCCUUUACCCGAACCAAAUAUGGGAGCCAUGAUUGCUGGUGCAAAAUUUGAUCUUUUGUGGAUUCAAUUCUACAACAACGAUCAAGCCCAAUGCACAGCUCGUCAAUGGGCUGAAAAUUAUGCUAUUACAGGACAAAAAGACUCCGAAGAAUUCACAUACGAUGAAUGGAUUGCAACUGUAAAUGGUGGCGCAAGUGCUGGUGCUUCAAUCUACAUUGGUCUCCUCGGAUCUCCUUUAGCAGGAGCCGCAACCGACUAUAUUUCUCCACUCGAAGCUCAGACUUUGAUUGAGUCAUAUCACGCCAAGCCUCAGUUUGGAGGUGUCAUGAUUUGGGAAGCGACGUAUUCCCAGGAGAACACGGAUGCAGAACUCAAUGGAGAUUCUUACCACGGAUUUAUUAAAUCUUGUUUAUCUCCUUACGCACCUCCACCACCGACCUCGAUAUCUUCCGUGGUCUCCAGUACGAUCAUUAGUAGUUCCAGCUCUACAUCAGAAGCUUCUAUCACUUCUAGUGCAACUUUGUUAAUUGAAUCAUCUGCUUCAGCGAGUAGUACUUUGACUUUGAUAUCAUCUUCUUCGAUUUCGAUUUCGAUUUCGGAAUCAUCUGCUGCGGCUUCUUCGACUUCAUCAACUUAUUCAUCACAAUCAUCUGCUGCAGCAUCCCCCACCUCGCUGGAAGUGCCGAUCACUUUGUCAUCUACUUCAUCAGCUGCACCGACGUCCACCGCCCAAUCUUUUUCAUCAUCAGGAUCUUCUGCUGCACAAUUUUCAAGUGCUUCAGAGUCAACGGUUUCUUCGACAGUUUCCUCUAUAUUGGCCUCUCCAACUCAAGCAUCAUCUGGUUAUUCAAUUCCAGGCUAUUCCCAAAACGCAACAUCCACUUUGACCCCUUCACAAAGUCCUUCCUCUGCAUCUAACAGCGUCACUACAAGCCUUAGUUCAGAUUCUCAGUCGUUUGAACCAUCCUCUACUUACACUGCUCCGGCAUACUCAUUUAACUCAACUAUCAGUGGUAGUGUCUACUCGACAGAACCAUAUUCCACUAAGUCUGUUGUGACCGGUACUGGGGAAUCUAGCAAGCCGCGCCCUACCAAGUCUCUGGGUACUGGAGUGAAAUCUUGCAAGAGCAGAACCAAGACUAGGACAAAGACCUCAUCUUCUGGCCCAUCAGGAUUUGCUAGUUCCUCCAUCAUCAUCCCAUCUACUGCACCAUAUGGAAAUACUACUUACAGUCAAUCGAGUACUAGCCCAGCUUCCAGCUCCACAACUUCCGCAGAAGGAAUUACUGUAUCGUCAGGUAGUGCCAUCCAGACAGGAUCUAUUUCAACCAAAUCAACUGCAAUCGGGUCGUCGACUACUGCCAUCGGUAGAGUAUCAUCGGGAUCUGUUACAAGUAGUGGAUCUCUACCGUCAGAAACUGGUUCUCUAUCUGCAAGUGGAUCUAUUCCAUCAGGAUCAGGCUCAAUUACCUCGGUUGUUCAAUACACUACUUCGACAGCUUAUGUUACCACAGUUUACACGGUUACCUCUUGUGCCGCAACCGUGACUGAUUGUCCGGCAAGAAUUGGAUCCGUAACGACUGAAACUAUUUCAUCAUACACUACUAUAUGCCCGGUCACUGCUACUGCCAUAUCUUCUGCUGAGGGAGUUUCUGUUUCGCCACAAUCUUCAGGAUCACCAUCUUCAAGCCAAGGACUUGCUACAUCACCAAUCACUUCCGUCGUUAAAUACACCACUUCUAUAGCCUAUGUUACCUCCGUCUACACAGUCAAAUCGUGCGCAGCAACAGUUACUGACUGUCCAGCAAGAAUCGGUUCCGUAACCACCGAGACAAUCUACUCUUACACUACCAUUUGUCCUGUAACAGAGACUGGUGUAGAUAGUGGUAUUGCUAGCUCAACUUCUGCUCCAGCUAUAGCACCAACUCAGACAACAGCGUUUACUUCGUAUGGAACUUCAACGGUUUACCAAACAUCGGUUUACACUAUCACUUCAUGUGCUCCAAGUGUAACAGAUUGUCCGGCUAGAUCGGGUCAAGUAACAACGGAAACUGUCUCAUCAUACACAUCUGUGUACACUAUUACCGUUUCUAGGGCUCCUGUUGGUGUUUCUGCAUUGGGAGCUUCUUCCGCUGCUGGAAUCGAAACUUUGAUUCCAGUUGUUGGAACGUCAUCUCUAGCUGGCAUAUCAUCACCAAUCCCCACUUCAGAAUUUUCUAGCGCCGCUGGAAUUGUGACUUCCUUACCAGUACUCAGUGCCUCUCCAAUUUCUGGCGAAUCAUCGCCAGCCGCCACUCCUGAAGCCCCACCAACAUACCUCUACACAACCCAAAUCUCCACUCUCAUUAACUCCCAAACUACAACCAUCUCCGCUGUCAUCGCUCCAUCUACCAUUACAGUCAUUCCCAUUUCAAUAGCAUCCACGACUUUUGUACCAGCAUACAGUAGCAUUGCACCACCAUACGGUGCUGGUAAUGGUACUUUGACGGUAUCUGAAACUUUGAUUACUACUGCAUCUUCUCUUAGCAUUACUUUUGUACCUGUACCAAGUUCCUAUGUCGUUAAAGCAGAAGGAGAGAGUACGAAGAGUGGAAGUUCGAAGACGCAAUCAGCGAUAACGAGCCCUACUCCGUCGACUAUUACGUUUGAGGGUGGUGCGGGGAGAAUGAUUGAGAAGAUGGGGGUGUGUACUGGGUUGUUUAUGAUGGGUUUGGUGUUUUUGGUUUAG